UCAGUUUCUCUUUAUUUCCAUGUUUAUGUUUAUCUAAAAAAUUUAAAAGCUUGGGAGAACACAAGAAUUAAAGUCGUCUUUUUUGUAUUGAUAUCCACGACGACGAUUGUAUGUUUACCUAUUUCAGAGAGUUCAAAUGACUAACCUAUUUAUAUUAACCAUCUUAUUAUUGCUCAUCACUCAGGGAGAAUUAUUUUAUUUUACAAGAUCAUGGCAGCCUGACAAAUAUGAGACUUUCCUCUUUUUAGACAUUAAAAAUAUGAAACUUUAAAGGGACCGUUCACAUAAUUGUGGUUUCUCGAUAAAAGAGAUUUGCGGUCUGCGGAUUCAUAUAAAGAGAAUGUCGUUUUAAUUCUGACUGUUUUUCUAUUUAAAGAUGAAUAUUCCCUAUUCACAACGGUACCAUUUAAACCUUUAUUUUGUUUUUGCAAAAAAGUGUUCUUUUCUCAAAAAUACGUCUUCGGUCACUUUAAAAGGGAAGUUAAAGCAACUUUACUUUAACACUUGGAUUUACAAAACUGACUUGGCAAAUUAACUUGUUAUUUCUAAUCUCUGAACCCUUUUCCUGGACGACGACAUUAAUAAACUUCUUCUCCCAAGAUAAAACAAAGUAGCACAGGGCCAAAUCCACAAGUUCAACGGUUUCACAUUUCGGAUAAUCCCACAACUAACACUACUAACAACAAGGAAAUAAGGAAAUACGAGGGUUUACAAAACAAAAUGUUUUUAUCAGAAUAAAUUGUGUUUCGAAAAGGACUCGCCUCAAACUGUAUUUUUGAAAUUUGAUGCCGUAGACCUUAAUAGUUUAUGUUGAUAAAACCUUUGAUAUAGUAAAAGAUUAACUUCUCAAUGUUUGAUUUUUUAAGGUUUAAAUCACCAGGUUGCAAAGAUGUAUAGGAUUAAAAAAUUACAGUAAUUGAGCGAUAAGUUUUUUAGACAUAUCAAAAUAGAAGCUUUUUUUCGGAUUUUCAUUUAAAAUUAAAUUUGAAUUAAAUCUAGAGGAGUUUCCAAAUUGUUUUGGAACAAAAAUCUAGAACCCCGUGUUCAUGGUUCAGGGUUGGGUCCGGAGUAAACGCUCUUUAAUCAAUUCUCUUCCUGAAGGUUCGGAGAUAAACCUGGAGUUUAGUCUCUCUGUCCCAAUCUCAACCCUCGAGGAAACAGGUUCUACCCUUGAUAUAACUCUGCCCUUCUCCUACAGUUUACCAACUAAACAGAAAUCUUCUAUACGACGAGUUGAAGACGACCAUUCAACACUUUACCAGAUGGCAGAAAACUUCCUCUCCAAGUUUGGUUUUGACGGAAAGGCUUGUGUUUUGAGAACUAUUUGUGAGCUAGCUGAAUCCAGAGGUCUAAACCACGAUGGUCUUGUGGGGAAAGCAAUGGAAACCCUGCUCUUGCUUGAUUAUAGUAUGUCGGAUACUCAAGAACUGUAUGAAUAUAUUGCUGCGAGAAGACACGGUGAGCAUAUUGGUAAAUGUGAUCUAGCGUAUCCUCAGUGUCCAUACAGUGCCUUCAAGCUUAUAGAACAUUCCUUUCCUGCAGCAGAUUUAGACAACAGUUUGGGAACUAGAUAAACGCUUUCAAGCAGAUUUAGACAACAGUUUAGUAACUAGAUAAACGCUUUCAAGCAGAUUUAGACAACAGUUUAGUAACUAGAUAAACGUUUUCUAGCAGACUUAGACAAAAGUUUAGGAACUAGAUAAAUGUUUUCUAGCAGACUUAGACAAAAGUUUAGGCACCAGAUAAAUGUUUUCUAGCAGACUUAGACAAAAGUUUAGGCACUAGAUAAACGUUUUCUAACAGACUUAGACAACAGCUUGGGAACUAAAUAAACGUUUUCAAGCAGAUUUAGACAACAGUUUGGGAACUAGAUAAACGUUUUCUAGCAGACUUAGACAACAGCUUGGGAACUAAAUAAACGCUUUUAACCAGACUUAGACAACAGUCUGGGAACUACGGUGAUAAUGGUUAUUUCAAUAUAAUGAAGACGACUUUCGAUUUCAAUUUUAAAUUAUUUAAAGCUUCUAAACAGCAUGGAUAGACAAAAACAUGGAAACAAAGAGAAGUUAUCAAUUAAUAAAGAGUCUGUUUACUUACUUGUAAACUUGUAAUUCGCAAAAGGCUUGUUAACAAUUAAAACUUAAAUAAAAAGUCGUCUUCAUUAUAUUGAUAUAAUCGCCUACUACCGUAGAUAAACGUUUUCAAGCAAACUUUUAACCUCAAAUCUGUUUUGAACAAAUAAUUUGAAUGCAAACACGUUUUCUUAGAUAAUGUUUUGUAAGACAGAUUUUUUUCCGAAAUUUUAACAGUUUA